CCUAAUCGUUCGUGUUUUACGAGAUCAUUUUCGACAGGAAAAUGUAGUCUGGAACAAAGGAAAAGAUAAGUCUCGGCUUCCUGAUUACAAAAGAUUUCUUAUAUUCUUUUCUUGUAUGAAGUAAAAAAAGAAAUUCUUGAAUUGAAUCAUUUGAUGCAGAUGAUGGAAGAUGCAGGAUAAACACUAAGGCUGGGGAUGGAUCCUCCCAACCGCACUGAUCAUUGAAUGCUAGAUCGAUCUGUCCCAAGUUGUUCAAAGGCCCACAGCCUUAAAUAAUUCACACUUUUCUCCCUCAUUGCCUCUCUGCUAGACCUUAAUCACAUGCCCAAAGCGACAGUUGUUGCUGCCUUAGGACCAACAAAGUAUGGCAAAGAUGUAAAUGCCAUAAUCACCACCUCAAAAACUAUAUCUUGUUGCCAUUGUUUUUUGGUUAAAUCAGUUUAUAAUCACCUCACCGUCAAGAACGCUGAAAACAAUGGCUUCCUCCUCAUCUCACCUCUUGUUUCUUGUUCUCCUCUGUUCCAUCUCAUCUUCAUAUCCCACCACCGGUACUAUUCCGGUCUCAGUUUUCAACACAAUCCCACAUUCAGAUCCACUCCAGAGGCUUUCACACCUUGCAUUCACCUCCAUAGCCAGAGCUCGGCAUCUCAAGAAUGCCCAAAACGCCCCUACCUCCACCACCCCUUUAUUCGCCUACAGUGGAGCUUACUCAAUCUCUCUCAGCUUUGGCACCCCACCUCAGUCCAUACCUAUGCUCCUGGAUACUGGCAGCAGCUUUUCUUGGUUUCCUUGUACCAAAAGAUAUGUCUGCAGACACUGUUCUGUUUCUUCCACAGGCAUUUCUUCUUUCAUUCCUAAAGAGUCAUCCUCAGCCAAGAUUCUUGGAUGCGUGAAUCCCAAGUGUGGUUGGGUUCACCAAUCAUUUGAUCCAACCACCAGUUGUCAAGAGUGCCAACUGCAGAAAACGAAUUGUACACAGACAUGUCCUCCUUAUAUCAUUCUCUAUGGUUUAGGAUCGACCGGAGGGAUACCGAUGGUUGAAACUCUCAACAUGUCUCACAAGAAAAUAUCUGAUUUCCUUGUGGGCUGCUCGCUUUUCUCAUCAAGCCAGCCUGCAGGUGUCGCCGGCUUCGGCAGGGGGGUUUCCUCACUGCCGAGCCAAUUGGGAAUCAAGAAAUUCUCCUACUGCCUUGUUUCCCACAAAUUUGACAACACUCCUAAGAGUGGCUUUCUUUCCAUGGAUCCUGAAUCACAUUCUAAUAAAAAGACUGGAAACUUCAGCUACACGCCGAUGCUGAAAAAUCCUGUCAGGGCUGGAAACAGUGCAUUAUCAGAUUACUACUAUGUUGGCCUGAGGAGGAUUACAGUUGGAGGGCAGAAAGUUAAAGUCUCGUACCAACAACUCUCUCCUGAUUCUAAUGGCAAUGGUGGGACUAUAGUUGAUUCAGGCUCAACAUUUACUUACAUGAAUCAGGCGGUUUUUGAUAUGGUGUCUAAUGCAUUUUCUGAGCAAGUGAAAGAGUACAAAAGGGCCGACACCGUGGAGUCUCAGACAGGGUUGAGGCCAUGCUUUGAUGUUACCGGGCACGAUGCUGUGAAAUUGCCAGCACUUACGCUCCAUUUCAAGGGUGGAGCAGAAAUGCCAUUGCCACUAGAAAACUACUUCUUUGCUGUCGAUGACGUCCAGAAGGAAGUUGUGUGUUUGAGUAUGGUGACGGAUAAUACAUUAGUGGGGCCGGAGCUGAUAAGUGGACCAUCAGUGAUUCUGGGCAAUUUCUUGAUGCAGAAUUUUCAUGUCGAAUACGAUCUAACGAAUGAGAGGUUUGGAUUCAGGCAGAAAUCUUGCUCGUGAGAGAAACAAGGGAUGAUCAGCAAUGACAUGAAGGACAACCACAGAAGACAAUUCUAUCUUCGUGGGUGGCGUGGGAGGAAAUGAACUACCAAAAGGGGUUAAUACACACAGCGUGGAUACAAAUUCCUAGUCUUGGUCAUAACAUCGUCUUUACUAUUAACAUAAAAU